AUGGAUGAAGAGAAGAGGCUGAAGUCACAAUUACGUGGGAAACUUUGGUUUUACGUGGAGUCGAUCAUCAAGAGGGAAUUGCCAGAUGACGUGAAAUACACUUCUAAAUUUGUAAAUACGCUAAUGGAGUUGGUGUACCAGCAGAUUUGUGAAGUUGGUGGGGACUUAGAGGCAUUUGCAGCUCAUGCUGGCAGAAACGUUGUUACCUCUGAAGACAUGUUGCUGCGAACACGGAAAAAUAAAGAUUUACAGGACUUUCUGAAACUUCGGCUGUUAGAAUUGCGAGAAUCGAAUCCAGCCCGAGAAAGUAAACGCUAG